UUCUCUCUCAAUCAAAAUCCCCACACACUCUCUCUCUCUCUCUCUCUCUCUUUCUCUCUCUCUAAGUAUGUCUCAGGUUCCAGCUUUUUCCUACAGCAAUGCAGAUCCCUGCAAUUCCGACAUUCGCCGUUCAAGUCACAGAACUGCUGCGACAGAAAACAGCUUCUCCUCGCAGGAAUCGACGAACCAUGCGACGGCUACUGAAGACGACAGCGGUCCGCUUUUGGGGAAGCCCUUCUUCACGGCUAUUUUGACGAAAUCUCAAGUUCAGUCCCCGUAUCAAAUGGCGAUCCCCGCGAAGUUCUACAAAUUCCUUCCGGCGACGUGCGCUCCUGCGACCCUCUCUUGCGGAAGCAGCAGCUGGAAGGUGAACUACAUCGGAGACCGCGGCUUCCGAAGGUUCGACAGCGACUGGAAGCAUUUCGCGACCGACAGCAAACUGCGGGUCGGGGAUGCUUUGGUUUUCGAGCUCGUCGACGAGGCGAAGCUCAAGUUCCGAGUUCGGAUCCUCCGAGGGGAUGUCCCGGAAAUGUUUGCCGCUGGCGGCGACAGCUCUGACAGUCCCAUAGUUAUUGAUUAGGGAUUCAGAAUAGGUGUUUUUCUGCUGAAUGGAAGUGCUUUUGUGCAAAGUAGCUGCUUUUAUACCAGCUGAAGUUUUUUUAUAAAAAACUUUGUUGUUGAGAUAGUGUGGGAUGUUGCUCAAGCACUUUUGCAUUAAUGGUUAGUUUUCUGGCUGAAAAAGUAUUUUCCGUC